ACUUCUAACCAAUAAUCCUAGGGCGAGAAUAUUUCAUUCUUUCCCAUUGCGAGUACACAAAAUUCCCUACUUAAACUUAUCUUCAUCGUCUCUCUCUCAAUGAAUAAUAGGUUCUCCGUCAGUCACUUCCGAUAAAAUUCAUUCUCCAUCCCUAGCCCUAAUUGCUUACUCGCCAAUAAUCCUUCAGAUUCACUCCACAUGGCGCAGAACUCUCCUGCUCCUCCCUCCUCUUCCUCCGACUGCUCCAAUCAAUACUACCAAACCCUAGAAGAGAAUCAAUCUUUUUCCGAUCUCGGCGACGCGCAACGACAAUCUCUCCCCGAUAACUCCUCCGAAGUCCCACCCGUUACCGAAAACCCUAACCCCAAUUUAUCCCUAUCUUCCACUCCAGCUCCCUCUCUCCUCUACCUCUCCUUCAACCAGGACUCCGGCUGGUUCGCCGCCGGCACCGAUCGCGGCUUCCGCAUAUACAAUUGCGACCCGUUUCGUGAGAUUUUCCGGCGAGAAUUCGACAAUGGAGGCGGUAUUGGGUUUGUGCAGAUGCUGUUCCGGCACACCAUUUUCUCGCUGGUCGGUGGAGGGCCGGAACCGCAGUACCCGUUGAACAAGGUCAUGAUUUGGCACGACCAUCAGAGCCGGUGCAUCGGCGAGCUGUCGUUCCGGUCUGAGGUCAAAGCGGUGAGGCUCAGACGGGACCGAAUUGUGGUGAUUUUGGUGCAGAAGAUCUUUGUGUAUAAUUUUGACGACAUGAAAUUGUUGCAUCGAAUAGAGACAAUAUCAAACCAUAAGGGUCUUUGUGAGGUGUCGCACGUUUCGGGAUCUAUGGUAUUGGUGUGCCCAGGGUUGCGGAAGGGGCAGGUUAGGGUUGAGUAUCAUGCAUUGAAGCAGACCAAGUUUAUAAUGGCUCAUGAUUCGAGAAUUGCAUGCUUUGCGCUUACGCUGGACGGGCGGUUGCUGGCUACAGCGAGUAGUAAGGGGACCCUGGUUCGGAUUUUCAAUACAUUGGAUGGUUCACUGCUUCAGGAGGUAAGGAGAGGUGCAGAUAGAGCAGAGAUUUACAGCCUUGCAUUCUCUCCAACUGCCCGGUGGCUAGCUGUUUCAAGUGAUAAGGGAACUGUUCAUGUCUUCAGCUUAAAGGUUGAUUCUGGAUCUCUAGGAAUUGAACGACAGCGCGGUACACCUGAACCAAAUGUCUCUACUCCACAAGCUGUGUCUUCUCUCUCCUUCAUUAAAGGUGUGCUGCCAAAAUAUUUCAGCUCAGAGUGGUCAGUGGCUCAGUUUCGCUUGCAUGAAGGUUCUCAGUACAUUGUUGCCUUUGGUCACCAAAAGAACACAGUCGUUAUUCUUGGCAUGGAUGGGAGCUUCUACAGAUGCGAGUUUGAUCCAGAAGUUGGUGGAGAGAUGACUCAGCUGGAAUAUUACAAUUUUCUGAAGUCUGAAGAAACUUUUUGAAGGCAAAGCAGUGAGAAUAUAUUUAUUUAGUGGAAUGGUUAUUUACUUUAUGGUUAUUUGCUUUGCAUUCGGAUGUAACUGGUUAUUUACUUUAUUACCAAUUUUAUGCUUGAUUUAUUUAGUGUAACUGCCAGUGUCUCGCACUUGCCCACAAGGUCGCCACCCAUUUGGGGGUCAACGUCCUCGUUGGCCACACUUUCGGCUGGGUUAAGCUCUGAUACAAUUUGUAACUACCCAUUCCACCACAUGGUAUGAUAUUGUCCGUUUUGGGCCCAAGCCCACACGGAUUUGCUCUUGAGCUUUACCCUAAAAGGCCUCGUACCAAUUAGAGAUAACACCACCACAUAUAAGCACUUCACCUUUCCCUUACCCAGGCGAUGUGGGAUUGUGUACCUGUAACUCGCCCAGUGUGGUAGCCUGCCAGUGCCUCGCACCAGCCCACAAGGUUGCCCAGUGUGGUAGCCUGACCUUGUGUGUGAGUGGACUGGUGCGAGGUACUGGCAGACUACCACACUGGGCGAGCUACAGGUGCACAAUCCCACAUCGCCUGGGUAAGGGAAAGGUGAAGUAAUAUGUGGCUGUGUUAUCUCCAAUUGGGACGAGACUUUUUGAGAUAAAGCCCAAGAGCAAAACCGUGUGGAAAAUGGAUAAUAUUAUACCAUGUGGUGGGGUAGGUCGUUAUAAAUGGUAUCAGAGCCUGACCUAGCCGGAAUUAUGGCCAACGGGGACAUUGGGCCCCAAGGGGGGUGAUUGUGGCGACCUUGUGGGAGGGUGCGAGGCACUGGCAGGUUAUCACACUGGAUGAGCUACAUGUGCACAAUCCCACAUCGCCUAGGUAAGGGAAAUGUGAAGUGCUUAUAUGUGGGUGGUGUUAUCUUCAAUUGGUAUGAAGCCUUUUGGGGUAAAACCCAAUAGCGAAACAGUGUGGGCUCAGGGUCAAAGCGGACAAUAUCAUAUCAUGUGGUGGAGUGGGUCAUGUGCCAGCUCCUCUUAGUGGCCUACAAGUGAUUGCAGAAGCUUUUAGGUAAGGUGGGGAUAUCCGCAAAACCAAAUAAAUCCAAGGACCAAGGAAAGAAAGACAAUUAUCUUUUUAAACGAAGGGAUGAACGAGAUGAGUUGGAAACACACCAAAUCAACCUUGGGCUAGCAAGUUCCUCUUUCCACCCCACUAAUGGAGAGGGGUCUUCAGCACUUGCUACUGAGAAUUAUGUCCAGCCCAUUAUUGCAGAGGGGUCUCCAGCAGCUGGAAAUUGUGUGUUGCAAAAAGAGUGUUCCAUUGGUCUCUAGAAAGUCCAAGAUUCCAGGUAAACAUAAACAGACUCGGACAAUCAGUAGGGAUGGUGCUUCAGCUUUGCAUACGGAUGUAACUGGCAAAGGCGCUAAAACUUUAGAGGAAAGAUCUUCUGCUGUUAAAUUUAGCAUGACUGGUUCUCAGGUAAAUGCAAGUAAGGUGGAGUCCUCCGCUAGUAAUGCUGUUAGUUUUCCCAUUGGUGAGAAUGAUACUCCAGCCUACAGCAGUUAUCUCUUCGACCCAAAGUCUUCUCUUGAUAAGGGGAAAGGCACUAGGGUAAAAAUGGUAGAACGCAAGGGAUUGACAACUGGUCCUGCAAGUGUGGGUGCUUCUAAUAUUACUGGGAAAGUUGUAUUCCCUGGCAUGGUAGAUAAUUUGUCUCGCACUUUUGAGCCUGAAGUUGAGAGGACGAUCAACUUUAAAGAUGAUCCUGAGAACUCGGAGAAUAUUAAAUUGGACGAAGGCUAUCAGCAAUCUCCAAGUCUACCAACCACAGCCAAAGAAUUGUAUGGACAGAAACAAGUUCAUGAUGGUCACAAGGGGGUGAAGAAGGGCAAAGCUCUUAAAUAUACUACUAGGGAAUUGAGUUCUGAGAAAUCUGCCCCAGGGGUGAAGAAGAAGAAGAAGAAGAAGAAGAAGAAGAAGAGAAAGAAAGAGUUGGACACCCAAAUGAGCUUCUGAUCUUAUGCAGAAGCAUGCAGCUACUGAAAAAAGUGGGGCAGUGGUGGGGAAAAUAGCAGGAAAAUCAGGCGAAGUUGAGAGGAGGGAGAAGAGAAAGUAAGAGUUGUACACCGAAAUGAGCGCUGAUAAUAUGCAGAAACGUGUAGCUAUUGAAAAAAGUGGCACCCUGGUUGGGAAAGUAGCAGGAAAAUCACUCCAAGUUGGUUGGGCUCAUAUAGAGAACUCUCAGGUGGACUUUCACAAGAGAUCAGGCCAGUAGUUCGAUGUCGCCUGAUUCUGCUAGGAUGGUGCCAAUGGCAAGGGCAGUCAAUUCUGAACUCGAGCUUCUGCAAUUACUGUGUGGUUUGCAAUCUCUUGCUCUCAACCCCUUCCAUGCUGUGGAGAAGAACAAUUAUGCGUUUAUACAGUGAAUUCUCUGAGAUUUCGGACCCUCUUUUAUGAGAAAAGCUCAGUCCCCUUUGUCAGCUCCUGUGACUCAGUCAAAUGAAGCUAAUGCUGUUAAGUUCCCAGCUAGUAAUGGGGUUUCUGAUGAUUCUCAUGGUAAGAAUAUUAGCAAUCUUCCAUCUCUGAAACCAUCAAAACCUCUUGACAAGCCUGAUGAUCUGACAAAAGGUGGGUUUAAACGAAGCCCAUCCGAUCGUCUUGAAGGAAUGGCUGCAAAGAGUUCGUUUAAAAACAUUAGGUGCAGAGGAGGGAGCUCAAAAGACUGAGGAAGCCCCACAGGGUACUGGAAAAGAGAGAGUUGCUCCAACACCAACAAAACCAGUCAAAGCAGAUUCUGCUAAGAAAAUGGUGCCUCCAGCAAUGCAGCAAACCCCACAACGCUGGUGAUGAAGUUCCCUCCCCAUGCCAACCUUCCAUCUGGUUCUGAGCUGAAGGCCAGGUUUGCUUGUUUUGGGCCGUUAGAUCAUUCAGGAACUCGUAUUUUCUACUAGUCCUCAACGUGCCGUGUUGUGUUCCUGCGCAAACUUGAUACGCAGGCAGCAUACAAACAUCUUAGCGGAAAUAAUUCCUUAUUUGGCAAUGUGAACAUGUCACCUUAGGGAAGAUCCAGCACCUGAGUCGGAGUCUGGCAAAGUCUGAACAGAAGACUUUUCUGUGGAGGACCUGCAGUCAAAGGAGAAUGCAGUCGAUCAGGCAGCACCUGCACAUCAGCCUCGACAACAGCCAGCGGUCCGGCUGAAGUCAUGUCUGAAGAAAUCUACUGGUGAUGAGACGGCCACGGUCCCAGCUAGUAAUGGUGGUAGUAGGGGGACGCCUCGUGUAAAAUUCAUGUCCACUGAUAUGGGUGGUUGCUAAUAAGAAGAACAAUGGUAUUUUUCCUGAUGCAUCUUCUUCUCAUGCAAUGGAUUUUAAUAGUAAGAAAUUUCAAUAUAUCACUACACCGCCACCAUCGAUUGGAUAACCUAUGGUUAAUUUUUGUUUGCGGAGUCUUAAUUUUUGAUGGGCUGUUGGGGUUAUAUUCUUUAACCAAAUUUUAGAUUUAGAAUUGAAAGAAAUUUAAUUCAAAAUUUAUACUAAAUUUUUUUCAAUUUCAAAUAUAAGGUACCGAUUUGGUUUGGCCAAACAUGAUAUAAAAUAUUUGUUGUAGUUGCCAUUUGUCAAUUUUUAGAAUAUCCGAUGAUUUUCACCCUUUUGAACACGUAGGAAUGUUAAAAUUCAUUUACAAAAGAAAAGAAAAGUAGAGUUAGUUGUUUGUUUCUUGCGAUAGAAAUGAAGUGAAAACUAAAAAACUACACCAACUCACCAACAUCUGGUCACUGUCCUUUUUGUGCUCUCGGUGAUUAUUAUAUUAUUUUAACUAAAAAGACGAGUGACUUUAAUAUUUUAAAAUUUAAGUUAACCUCAAGAUGGAGUAACUUUAAUAUUUUAAAAUUUAAAUUAGCCUCAAGAUAGGUUAGAUCAAGUAAUUUUGAAUGUAAUUUUUGAAUCUAAGUGAGUAAUAUGUUUGGGAGCACCAACUGUUUGAUUUGAAAAUGGAAUUUGAGAAAAUUUGCAAUUUUAAUUUCAAGUUAUUGAUUUGAUUGAAUUAUUAAGUUUUUAUAAUCAUCAAUGCUUAAUCACAGGUUGGUUUGUGCUUGAAGUAUAGUUAGUAAAAUACUUCGGCAUGAAAAAUGAAAUGGAAAAAUGCAAAGACACACACACAUGUUUUUUUAAUUUUAUUUAUUUAUUUUUUAAAUUUCACCAUUAAACUUUGACACAUAUUAUUUUUGUUUUUCUUAUGCCUAAUAUAUUGUUAUUUCAAUAAUAUAAAGUAAGGUUAAAAUCAUAAAUCCCUGUGUUGUUUACAAAAACGAUAUAUAACCCCCUCAUUUAUUAAAAACCUCCCUGAACUAAACAAAAACUAUUACGUUGCCCCAGUUCCAACUAUUAAAAACCCCCUGCACUAAACAAAAACUAUCACAUUGUCCCAUUUUUGUGACAGAAUCAUAAAAUUAUUGUGAAAUGAGAAUAAUGCAAUUGAUAGUAUAUUAAUAUUUUAUUAAACUAAAAUUGUUGAUUUUAAAUGACAAUUAUGCCCUCUAUGUCUCUACACUCACACACGUGUCAGUAGCCUAUUGGUUGACUUUAACCUUUUUUUUCUUUUUUCAACUAGACUUUCUCUCUCUACUCCUUCUCAAUUCCAUUCCAAACUGACUGUACAUACACAUAUAUUGAGUGUUAUAGAGAGAGAAAAAGAAAUAGUUUUAGAUAGAGAAAGUGAGUGAAACAAUAGACCACUAAGCUUACCCUUUAACUAAAAAAAAAAAAAAAAAAAAAACAA